CCGGGGAGUCCUGGCAGCAGAGCCUCCCUGCCAGCCAUGCUGCCCUCCGCCCUCCGGAGGUGGCUCCACAGACCCAAGCGUUCUGAUCCCAGACUACUGUCACAGUUUUUCUAUGCUGAUGAACGAGUGACUCAAGUGGUAACAGAAAUCAACUGUCUGGAUGUUGAGACAGAUCCUCAACAAUACCUGACACUACUAAACCAGUUGCACCUUAGUCAGGCUGAACUGCUGUCCAUUAUAGAGAGGAUUAUGGAUGAGUGCAUCCCCAGAGAGCGUCAUGGUCGUGACUAUGUCAUCAAAUUCCCUGAAGAUCUUCUGGUAGACAACCUCCGGAACCACAUGUUGUUUGCUGCUGAGUGUCUUAUGGCACGCACCUAUAUUGAUGUGGAUGAGGCAGAUGGAGUACGGUUGCGACCCCUAGCCAAGGAUCUGCUAUGCAGCUUGGAGUUGGUGCGGAUGGUACUUCGGGAGCAGAGCCUAAACCAACCUGGACCCUAUUCAGAACCUAUCCGCAGGGCACUGAUCCGCUUUGAUAUACUCUUUGCUGAAUUUGAGCUGAGCUAUGUUUCAUCUUUAGUCUCAGUGAAGUCACCUGAAGAGAUCUAUAGGCAGCAGGAGAUUGUUGUGCUCUUCUGUGAAACUGUGGCCAGAGCUCUGAAACUUGGUUAUUUGACUCAGGAUAUGAUUGAUGGGUAUGAGCCACAGCUGAUGUUCACCAUUCCCCGCUUGGCUAUCAUUAGUGGUCUUCUGAUCUAUCCAGAUGGACCCCUCAACUUGGAGCGGAGGCCUGAGGACAUAUCUAGAGUGUUCAGCCCAUUUUAUGUCUUGCUUAGAAAAAUCAGGGAUUUGCUGCGUGUUCUGUCCAAGGAAGAACUUUACAAGUUGGAGAAACGUGUGCUGAAUGAGAGUGCUGCAGAUUCACAACCAUUCAGUGACAAAGAUUCUCCUGACCUCAGAGGCCUUGCAACUCCACAUAGUUGCCCAUCUGCUCCAAGGCAUCUUGGGCAAGAGGCUACUAGUCCCCAGGUAGGCAUGAUCACAGGAGUUCCACAAAGAACACGAAGGAUGGAACUGCGAGCCCGCUACAGCAGUACAGAUGACAUGAUUCACACACUAUUUGUUUGCAUCUCUGGAGUGGCAGAUCAGCUCCAGACCAACUUCGCAAGUGACCUGCGUGCCAUUCUGAAGAGCGUGUUCAAAAUUGUGACAUCUCAGACAGAGGAACUGGUGGUGACUGACACUGACCAAACAGAGAUGUGUGUGACAUCAACAGAUUCUCAAGCAGCAGACUGUGCUCUUUGUUGCAAUAACAGAGAAGAUCCUUUGGGACCCCCAGACUGGGUGCCAGAUAGCACUUGCAGGCAUUGCAUGGCUUGUCGCCUACCUUUUACCUUUCUUCGUCGACGUCACCACUGCCGGAGUUGUGGAAAGAUUUUUUGCUCUCGCUGCUCAUCACACUUGGCACCUCUGCCCCACUUCAGGCAACUGAAGCCAGUUCGUCUGUGUUCACAUUGCUACACCACCCACUUGCCUUCCAGCAGCAAAAAUGUGAAUUGUUCAUGAGCAUCAGCUUCUGCAUUGGAUCUUCAUCAAAACACCUCUUGUGCCUGAGAAAACGUUAGAUAAUAGUGCAAGGUGGCUGCUGCCCAUAUCAGCUACAGAGGACUGUGGGAACAACCACACAUUACUAGGAUCCUCAUGGGAACUUUCCAGAACACUUUUGGUGGGCAGGGCAGGGGUUGGCAUGGAAGGAGGAAUUCCAGGAUUUAAUUUUUCCUGUUUAAUGCAAAGAACACUUGGGGCUUAUUUUGGUUUGAGCAAAAAUUAAACACAGGGUAUAUUUGGGCAAACAGCUCUGUAUGGCAAUAAAAGCUUCUCCCAUCCUCUAUCACUCUUCUCCGUGAUGGAGAGGACUCUGGCCCAUGUAGGAAUUGCCAGGUGCUGGCUGCCUGGCUUCUGGUGAAGAUUAAAGAAAGUCUUCUGCCCUACAGAUUCAUUUUUUACAAUCCUGUGAGGUUACAUUACCAAAUUUGGGUGUACGUGCAGUAAGGGCUUUAGGGUGCCUUUGGCUAGAAAUGAAAUGAUUGCCCAGAAACAAAAGAGCCUUGGGAAUUAUAGCCAUGGCCACUUGUCUACCAACUUAUGAUACAGCUAAGACCUGCAACAGUCUUCAUGUGCAGUGUACUCUCUGGAGAACUCUCCUAAUGCACUAUUGUGUGGAAGAUGCUUUGGAAACCUUUGUGGGACACUUACAGCUCCUUCUUGAAACCAGACUGAAUAGGUUAUUUUCCUGAAUACUUGAAUAAAUGCUGUUACUAUAGCUGAUCUGUCUUUUCUGGGAUCAGAAUAACUAUUCUUGUUGGAUUGUUACACUGGUGUUCACAGAUAGAAUCCACUCUGAACUCU